GCUUCACUCUCGCACGUAGAAACAGAAACCGAAGCCUCACACGCCGGUGUAAAUAACUCCCGUAAAUCCCACGGCGAAAUGAAAGCGAGCUGCAAAACAGAAAAACACAUUCCAGAGGCUUGUUUUGGCGCAUCUUCGAUGCUAGCAGCGGCUAGCUUACGUUUCUGUACGUCGGAGCAGGAAAAGAAAACCACUGCGCGGCGAUAGCAGAGCCGAACCACCAGCGGAGGAAACAUGGUGUCCACGGCGGCUCUCUUUCUCGUCUCUUUGGCCUCUGCAUGUGAACAAGUUUUUGCUGAAAGACAGCUAAUUUAUGCUACAGUGUUGUAUCGACAUGGUGACAGGUCACCAGUGAGAGCUUUUCCUACUGACCCUUACCAAGAAAGCGCCUGGCCUCAGGGCUUUGGACAGCUAUCGCAGGUUGGGAUGAGGCAGCACUAUGAGUUGGGCCAGUAUCUGCGGACGCGGUACAAAGGCUUCCUCAAUGAAUCCUACAUCCGCCACGAGAUUUUAGUUCGCAGCACAGACGUUGAUCGCACCCUGAUGAGUGCUGAGGCCAACCUUGCAGGCCUCUACCCCCCUGAAGGUCAGCAGAUAUUUCAACCCAGUUUAAAGUGGCAGCCCAUACCGGUGCACACGGUACCGGAAAACGAAGAAAAGCUGCUCUCAUUUCCUUUGAACGACUGUCCUCGCUACAAACAGCUGAUGAAUGAGACUGAAAACACAGCAGAAUUUAUCAAUGUCACAACAAAAUACCGGGACUUUAUAGAGAUGGUAAAAAAUAAAACAGGACUGAAGGUAGCAACUGUGGAAUCAGUGUGGAGUGUGUAUGACACACUAUUCUGCGAGUCCCGACACAACAUGUCCGCUCCACACUGGGUGACUCCCGACGUCAUGGAGAAGCUCAGAUUUCUGAAAGACUUCGGAUUUCAGGUCCUAUUCGGGAUUUACAAACAACAAGAGAAGAGUCGCCUGCAGGGAGGUCUCCUGCUGGGGGAAAUUGUGAAGAAUCUCACCAAGAUGGCCGCCCCACACCCACAACGACAAUUAAAACUGAUGAUGCUCUCAGCGCAUGACACAACCGUAGUUGCUCUUCAGGCCAGCUUGAAUGUGUUCAACGGGAAGCAGGCGCCUUACGCCUCCUGCCACAUAAUUGAACUGUACAGGGAAGACAACGGAUCUGCGUCCGUGUCGAUGUUUUACCGCAACGACACCAGCGUGCCGCCGUACCCAGUCCAGUUGCCAGGCUGCGCUCAUGUCUGCCCCCUAGAGGACUUUGUGAGGAUCACAAAGCCGUUCAUCUCAGACGACAGGGACAAGGAAUGUCAGGUGCCGUCAAAGGGGAGAGACAGACAAGUGAUCAUCGGCCUGGCCUUGUCCGGCUGCCUGCUCCUCGCCGUCAUCGCCGUCCUCCUCGGAGUCAUUUGCCGACACAAGGAGUCCAAUAGGAACAGGGGAUACCAUCAUGUGAUCAACCAGGAAGCCGGAGAGGAAUCCUGACAGAGGCGCAAGCUACUGCUUCGGGGAUCGACGAGUUUCGCCUCUUGGGACAGCAGCAGCAGCAGCGAUGAUGAAGAAGAAAAGCUUUAAGUGACAAUAAUCUUGGAAUUAUCAAUACAGUUCACUGUGCCUUGCAUCGAAUUUGGACACUGCGAAAAUAGUUUUUAUUGCAAAUAUCUUAGUACUUUUGAAAUAA